CACCCUUCGUCUCCAUCCACCCCUCUUUCUCUCUCUGUCUGAAUCCCAAAUUCUCUGAAAUCUAUAACCCAACCCAAAAUUCCAUUUCCACCAUUCCCAACAACUUCCUUCUCUCCAUCCUUAGUUAAUCAAUAAAUUCAUUGGCCGAUCCGAUCCGAUCCGAUCGAUGCUGCCUCUGAAGCUCGUCCACUCCCUCGUUUCCGGGACUGCCCUCACAAACCCUCUUCUCCGCAUCCCACUCGACGAUGACAACGACAACGACGAAGACGAAGACGACGACGUUUCACCGCAGUCGAGAAUCCGCGUCCCGCUGAUGCUCUUCGUCCCCACCCAUGAAUUGGUCUCCGACACUUACCGCCUCGCCGCAAUUGCCCGCCAAAUCGGCAUGGAUCUCCACCCCAAUCCCUCUCUUUCCCACCUCAUCUUCUCCUGGCCUCCGCCGCCGUCCUCUUCGUCUUCUUUCUCGGCCUCCUCCUCCUCCUCGUCAUCUUCAUCGUCGUCGUUCACCUACUCGUGGUCGUUGCCCAACGACAGCGUUCCGAUCCCCUUUCCCUCUUUCGCCGCCGCGUCCCUCUCGAAUCUCCGCCUCUUCGCCGCCGUCUCCAAGGGCUACUUCAAGCUUGCCUUUCUGAAGAGCACUUCCCGCCGGCCGCCGGAGUGCCUGAGCAACAACAAUUUAAACUGCACCUCCCUUCGAUUGUACUCCACGCGCACGGCUGAGCGAGUGAACUCCAUGGAUGGGCUUACUAGGGCUCUUCUCGGAACGGGGUGGACGCUUUUCCGGACGGCCCCGGAUUCGCCGGAAACCGCCGUGUAUCUGUACAGGAAGAUGGAAGUGAGCCGACGGCGCGUGGUGAAUGGGAAUGGGAAUUGGGACUGCAGUAGAGUGAGGGAAUUAAGGUUGCCCCCACUGGACUUCAGGAAUCCUCCCCUGAGAAUUCUUCAGUAUAUUCUCUUGAUGUCCGAUGAUGUCUUCUAUCUGGCAUAGUUGUUUGAUCCACUCCAAUGCGGUUCUCGGGAUUCUGGCGACAAGAAUCUUUGUCGAAGCAAUUAGGAAAAAAAUAUCGACAAAGGAACUUAACAGAAGUUCACAUCGGGGGGAGCUACAAGCACUGUAAAUAUAUGUAGAUGAUGAGUUGAGCUUAGCGCGAUGCCAAAUAUUGUUUUCCGGAGCAAAUGUGUGAUUGCGGUUAAAGAAAAAAAGCGUAUUAUACAUGCAAACAGUUAGUCCACGAGAUCGUUACGAGUAUACGAGUAGAUCGAAAGGUGAAAAGAAUUGGUAUGUAUAUAUAUAUAUAUAUUUUGAAAUCUCAAUUCGAAUUCAUCCUACCUUGAUUGAUUGGUGAUUUUUCUUGGUUUGAAUUUUUAUCCAAGUAGUACUUUGAACGUUGUUUUAUAUAUAUAUAUACAUACAGUGGCAGAGCUACGCAGGGGCUCGGGGACUCAAAACUCCCCAGCUGUUGUACCCCUCCGCAUAUACUAGUUAUGUUUCUGACUAUAUAAAUUGCCCAUUCGGAAGGAUUUGAAUAAGUGUUAUCAAAUUGAUAUUUUUAUA